AUGGUGGAGUUCGCGCCCUACUCUGUGCCCUGGAAGCGCAGGCUGCAGACCUUCGCGGUGCUGCAAUGGGUCUUCACCUUCCUGGCCAUGGCCCAGAUCUGCGUUGGGGUCUUCAUCGGCCUCCUGUUCACAAGGUACUGGCUCAUCAGUGUCCUCUAUGCUGCCUGGUGGUACCUGGACCGAGACACGCCGCGGAAGGGGGGCAGACGCAUUGACUUCCUGCGGCGUGGCACCAUCUGGAAGUACAUGAGAGAUUACUUCCCUGUCACCCUGGUCAAGACUGCAGAGCUGGACCCCUCCCGGAACUACGUGGCCGGCUUCCACCCGCACGGGGUCCUGGCGGCCGGGGCCUUCCUCAACCUGUGCACGGAGAGCACCGGCUUCUCCUCCAUCUUCCCCGGCCUCCGGCCCUACCUCAUGAUGCUGACGCUCUGGUUCCGGUUCCCCUUCUUUAGGGACUACCUCAUGAUCGGAGGACUGGUCACGUCGGACAAAGAGAGCGCGGCGCAUAUUCUGAGCAAGAAAGAAGGCGGCAACUUCCUCGGCAUCAUUGUGGGUGGUGCCCAGGAGGCGCUGGAUGCCCGGCCUGGGGCCUAUACCCUGUUGCUGAAAAACCGCAAGGGCUUCGUCAGGCUGGCACUGAUUCAUGGGGCGGCCCUGGUGCCCAUCUUCUCUUUCGGGGAGAAUAACCUCUACAACCAGGUGGAGAACACGCGGGGCUCCUGCUUGCGCUGGAUCCAGAACCGGCUACAGCAGCUCAUGGGCAUCUCCCUCCCGCUCUUCCACGGCCGCGGCGUUUUCCAGUACAGCUUCGGCCUGAUUCCCUACCGCAAGCCCAUCAACACCGUGGUGGGGAAGCCCAUCGAGGUGCCAAAGACCCCGAACCCCACGCAGGAGCAGGUGGACGAGCUGCACGAGCGCUACAUCAAGGAGCUGUGUGACCUCUUUGAAGCCCACAAGCUCAAGUACGAUGUGCCUGCUAGCCAGCACCUGGCGUUCUGCUGA